AACCAGAAUGAAUUAUCAAUAAAGAGGUCGCCUGGAAGCGCUCACCAUUCACUGAUUCGGGGUGGGACCAUAGCUCAGCAGAGCACAUGCUUUGGAUCCAGAAGAUCCCAGACUCAAUUCCUGAAAACUCCAGUUAAAAGAAUUUGGUAGGAGAGCAACGGGGAGAUUUCCUCCCAAACCCGAGGAGCCACUGCCAACAAGAACAGACAUUACCGAAGCCAGAUGGACCAACAGUCUUGACCAGUGUCCUGUCUCCAAAGUUGUCUUAGAAACAUUGAAGUUCCCUUUCCAAAGACAAAAAGUCAAGCUUUCAGGGAUCAUCUCACGCACAGCACCAGCAUCUCCCAGGGUUAAGGUAACUCUGAAGAGAGAGAUCUUAGAAAAUGGAGGAUGAAGAGGGAUACAUGAGAAUACAAGCAGGAUCGAGAGAGACCUACACACAACCUGCUCCCCCAAAGGCACAAGAAUCUUCUUCAAAAUGCUGGAAAAUCACGCUGGGGGGCUUACUGGCAGGAAGCAUCGCUCUGAACGUGGGCCUAACCGCUUUUCUGCUAGUUUUCCAGAGACGUGUGCAAGAUGGUUCCUCCCCAUUGCCUUUGGCCAAUUCAUGCGACUGGGUCCCAGGAAGUUCAACAGCCAGUGUGACUCUGGAUCCAAAGACUGCUCAUCGGCGGCUUGUCCUGUCCAGAGAUCGGAAAAGCGUGAGCUGGGGACAGGAGGAGCAGAACAUUCCAAACAACACCGAGAGAUUUGAUAAGCGGGUUUGGGUGCUGGGCCAGGACGGAUUCACCACCGGGAAACACUGCUGGGAAGUUGAAGUGAAGGGCAAGGGGGAAUGGGCUGUGGGGGUUGCCAAGGAGUCUGUGAAGAGAAAAGGGUUACCGGACUUUAGCACCACCGAAGGCAUCUGGGGGAUAGGAGAAUAUUGGGGGGCUGGAAACUACCUGGCUUUCACCUCCCCACAACACACACGGCUUCAACUUGACAAAAGGCCACAGAGGAUCCGCGUGUUUCUGGACUACAUCGCACAGCAGGUGGAUUUUUUCAACCCUGAAACCAAGGUUUCACUCUACACUUUCAAUUCAGCUGCUUUUUCUGGGGAAAGGGUCUACCCUUGGUUCCGUGUGUGGAACGGGACUGAACUUGUACUACAUCCCUGAGACGCUGGAAUCAGCACAAAAGUAAUCUCUCUCUAGAGCAUUCUAGACUCUAUGACCCUGGAGGACUUACCUGAUGUUUCUCCUUAUCACCUUUAAAUGUUUUUUGAUGGUUUUAAAUUGUUUUUUAGAUGGCCUUUAAUUGUUUUUGAUGGUUUUAAUUGUUUUUAAUAAAUAGGUUUUGUUUUAUUUUAAA